AUUUGGUUUACUUAAUUAAUUGAUGAUAUAUGAUUAGGAUGAGUAGUGAUGAUGUUAUAAUCUGUCCAGUAUGUACAUUAUUAUUAUUCCAUAUAAACAAUUCACCAUAGAGUAUAAGUUGACUGCUUAUUUUCCUCGCAUGCUGCAAAGAAGGUGAGAGGUGAAGAGGCAUAAUUGCCGCGGCGGCUGGCCAUGCGCUCCUCGCGCUCUGGCCACCUGAACUGCCGCCGCCGCUGCAACAACCUCAACAGUUUUAGUAAUCAAAUAUCCGAAUCACCAUCAACAAAUUAUAAGAAGAAAAUUAUUAGAAAGUUUUGUUUUCCAUCACCACUUAUUGUGCUUGCCGUUGCAUUAUUGGUAGUACCGCCCCUGCAUCCCUUGCCACCAACUUAUGCUGCAUAUGCCGAUAAAACAAAAGGACAUAAACAAUUCAACUUAACAAUUGGCUAUCUGACAGCAAUGAAGGGUGAAUUAAGAGACAAGCAGGGGCUGGCAAUUUCUGGUGCAUUAUCGCUAGCACUUGAUGAGAUUAACAGUAAACCAACUAUUUUACCGAAUGUAAAUUUAGUAUUGCGAUGGAAUGAUACAAGAGGCGAGACAGUUGUGGCUGCACGUGCAAUGACGGAAAUGAUUUGCGAUGGUGUUGUGGCAUUUUUUGGACCAGAAGGUACAUGUCAUGUUGAAGCAAUCAUUGCACAAGCACGUAAUAUACCAAUGCUUAGUUAUAAAUGUUCAGAUCAUAAAGCAUCAUUUGUCCCGACAUUCGCUCGUACGGAACCACCUGAUACACAAGUAACAAAAUCAAUAAUAUCGUUAUUAAAGUAUCAUAAUUGGCACAAAUUUUCAAUUAUAUAUGAAGAAACAUGGGAAACAGUUGCAACAUCAUUACAAGAUCAAGCAAAAAAGUCAAAUCUUACUAUAAAUCAUAAACGAAUAUGGGUUGAUCAAUUUACAUGUUGCGAACAAAAGCAGCCAUGCUGUCAUAGUGGAUAUACGUAUCGUUUCAUUACCGAAACAAAAAAUCAAACUCGAAUUUAUGUAUUUCUGGGAACACCAACAUCAUUGAUUGAUAUAAUGAAUGCAAUGCAAAUGGCUCAAUUGUUUCAGAAUGGUGAAUAUAUGGUGAUUUAUGUUGAUAUGAUUGCUUAUUCAGUCAAAGAAGCUCAAAAAUAUUUAUAUAAAUUUGAAGAAUUUAACAAAUAUCAAUCAUGCUAUGAUCUGCCAAAAGAUAUUUUAAAAUUUGCAAGAUCAUUACUAGUGGUCGUAUCAACACCACCUUUGACGGAUUAUGGUAAUUUUGCGGAAAAAGUUAAAACGUAUAAUGCAAGACCACCAUUUAAUCUUCAUACGCCUAAUAUUUUAUUAAAUGAUAAUUAUACAAAAUAUGUCUCAAUAUAUGGAGCAUAUUUAUACGAUUCAGUUAAAUUAUACGCGGAUGCUUUAGAUUAUUUAAUUCGUAUCAGAACCAACGGAUCUAUUUUAACAAACGAAAUAGUUCAAGAUGUUGCGAGUAAUGGAACAGACAUUAUUCAAACGAUUAUUAAUAAAGGCCAAUAUACAAGUGUUACUGGUUCAAUAAUAAAAUUAGAUAAAUAUGGUGAUUCGGAAGGAAAUUUUUCUGUUUUAUCAUUUAAACCUUAUGAUAUAAAAGUAGAUAAAUUUGAAUGUGAUCAUCAUAUGAUUCCUAUUGGACAGUUUUACUACACACAAAAAGAGGACGAUUUUCCAGAAUUCAAAUUGAAAUCACAUAAUAAACCAAUUGAUUGGCCUGGAGGGCGUAAACCCGAAGAUGAACCAAGUUGUGGAUUUAUGAAUGAACUGUGUCCGAAAAGUGACACACAAAUUAAUAGCAUUAUUGCAGCAGGUGUUUUAGCACUUAUACUAUUUUGUGCAGGCGUUGUUACUAUGAGUAUUUAUAGAAAAUGGAAAAUAGAACAAGAAAUUGAAGGUUUACUAUGGAAGAUUGAUCCUAGUGAAAUACAUGGAUAUUUUGGUAAUGAUAUUGUAUCCUCACCUAGUAAGUUAAGUUUAGUAAGCGCUGCAUCAUAUGAAUCUAGAUGCGGAGCACAAGUAUUUGCCGCAACAGGGCAAUAUCGUGGUGUAGUUGUUCGUAUUAAAGAACUUAAAUUUGGUAAAAAGAAAGAUAUUGCCCGUGAUAUAAUGAAGGAGAUGCGUUUACUUCGAGACAUUCGUCAUGAUAAUAUUAAUUCAUUUAUUGGCGCAUGUGUAGAGCCGAUGAGAAUUUUACUAGUCACUGAUUAUUGUGCCAAAGGAAGUCUUUAUGACAUUAUUGAGAAUGAAGAUAUAAAAUUGGAUAGUAUGUUUAUAGCAUCGUUAGUUCAUGAUCUCAUAAAAGGCAUGCUGUAUAUACAUAGUUCAUUGUUAGUUUGCCAUGGAAAUUUAAAAUCAUCUAAUUGUGUUGUUACAAGUCGCUGGAUGUUGCAAGUUACAGACUUUGGUCUAAACGAAAUACGCCAUUCGGCUGAAAAUGAUAAUAGUAUUGGAGAUCAUCAGUAUUUUCGAAGUUUAUUUUGGAAAGCUCCAGAACUACUACGACCCACUGUACAUACAAAAGGUACACAACAAGGCGAUGUUUAUGCUUUUGGUAUUAUUUUAUAUGAAAUUAUAGGACGUAAAGGUCCAUUUGGAAUUACUGGUUAUGAGCCCAAAGAAAUUAUUGAACUUGUUAAAAGAAUACCGGGUGAGAAUGAGCUACCUUUUCGUCCAGAUAUCAGAUUACUUGCCGAUUCUGAAUUAGGUUCAAAAGGAUAUUAUGAUUACGUUGUGAAUUGUAUACAAGACUGUUGGGCUGAAAAUCCAGAUGAUCGGCCUGAUUUUUCACAAAUUCGAAGUAAAUUGAAAAGAAUGAAAGAGGGAAAACAUCGUAAUAUUAUGGAUCAAAUGAUGGAUAUGAUGGAAAAAUAUGCAAAUAAUUUGGAAGAUCUAGUCAAUGAAAGGACACGAUUAUUGUUUGAAGAAAAACAAAAAACUGAAGAUUUGUUACAUAGAAUGUUGCCCGAGCCCGUAGCCAAAAAAUUAACUCUUGGGCAUGGAGUUGAACCCGAAUCAUUCGAUGCAGUUACUAUUUAUUUUAGUGAUAUUGUUGGAUUUACAGCAAUGUCUGCAGAAAGUACGCCUCUUCAGGUUGUGAAUUUUUUAAACGAUCUUUAUACAGUAUUCGAUAGAAUUAUAAAAGGUUAUGAUGUUUAUAAAGUUGAAACAAUUGGCGAUGCUUACAUGGUGGUUUCAGGUCUUCCAUUAAAAAAUGGUGACCGACAUGCCGGUGAAAUCGCAUCAAUGGCUUUGGAUUUAUUAGAAGCUGUCAAAAACCAUUCAAUAUCUCAUCGACCCAAUGAAACUUUAAAACUACGUAUUGGAAUACACACAGGACCAGUUGUCGCAGGCGUUGUGGGUCUUACCAUGCCUAGAUACUGCUUGUUUGGAGAUACAGUAAAUACAGCAUCUCGUAUGGAAUCAAAUGGGGAGCCAUUAAAAAUUCAUAUAAGUGAACAAUGUAAAGCUAGUUUGGAUAAAAUCGGUGGCUACGUAAUAGAAACCCGUGGUCUUGUAAAUAUGAAAGGAAAAGGAGAAGUAUUAACAUAUUGGUUAGUAGGUGCAAAAGAUGGAGCCAUACAAAGACGUGAUGUAGAUUUUGGAGAUUUACCUCCAUUAUUCUGUCGUCCAAGACGUAGUCCCAAAUUAAAUACAGAAUCCCGACAACCGUCAAUAUGUGGUGGCUUAAUAUAUUCACAAAUAGUUGGAAGUCGACGACAGUCUACAAUACCAAAAAAUAUUGAUCUUGAUAGUUUGUCGUCAACGCGUAAUUCCAGUCCAAUUGUAACUCGUACAAAUAAAAAAAUUGAAAAAAUAAGUAACUACAUUGAUGAAAGUGUAUCAAAAGCUACUUUAGAUGCGUUCGAUAGUGAUAGUGAAUCUGAGUUAAAUCAACGAAAAAGAGUAUUGCAACCAAAACAACGAAGAGUAUUAUCAUCGAUAGCAUCUUCAGAUGAUAGAGAUAAUUUAUCAAUAAAACAAACAAAAUGUGCAAUUCGUUCAUCAAAAUCAUUAGAUUUAUUUCCAAAUAUCAAAAGUAAACCAUUAUUACAAUCGUCUACAUUAUUUUUUAAAAUACCAAAACGUAGUUCUCGAUCUCUUGAAAAUUAUGAUAAUGCAAAAUUAGCAUCCUCAUUAACGAUACAAUCGAAUAUCAUAGCAGCAAACAAUAAUUGUCCAAAUGGGAAUGUUGUAACAAUAUCAAAUUUAGCAGAUAAUAUUAGUGUAACAGAAAAUCUAGAUGAUGUGGAAAUACCUUUAUUACGAACACCAGGUUUUCAUAACAAUGAAAUAACAAUUAUGCCACGUCAAACUGCAAACACAACAACGACGCAUGGUAGUUCAAAGUGUGAUCCAUUUGAUCAAAUAUCACAUUCAACAAAUAAACGUUGGAAAAGUUCUGAAGAUAUUGCAAGACUUGGUGGUGAUAAUCUAAGUGAUGAGCAUAAUAAAAAACUAAUAUCCCGUAAUUCAAUCAAAAGUUGGUUAGUUGGAUUAUUUAAUGGAAAUGGACUUAGAUCUAGUGAUGUAUCGUUACGUAAAGGAGUUCUUACUGGAGGAUAUAACGACAUAUCAUCUGAAAAAGAAAGUAUAGUUUAAUUUUCAUCAUUAUCCAAUCAUGUAUUCGAAAUCUUCAACAUAUUAUUAGUACAAAAAGGAAAUAAUGACAAGACUGACGAUAUUAUUUACAUAAAGCACCAUCACUUUCUUUUCAAUCACAUAGCAUUUGUUUCAUUUUAUUCAAUAAUUCGUGUACUGUUCGCAAUUGCAUAUUCUAUAAAAUGUUUUUUAAAGGAGUCUGAUAUAAUUGGAAAUCAGCAAAAAAUAUUAUGUAUUUAUAAAUCCUAAUUUCUGGUAACAAAUAUCAAGUAAUGUUACUUCUUUAAAGUAAAGAUGCAACACGAAUACAUUUAAAAAGUAUUCAAAUAGGCUUUUUAUGGCUAUCAAAAUGAUUCCUAAACUCCAAUGUUUCUUUAUUUAGAUUACCGAAAAAUAUGUUGAAAUAUUUCUCUAUGAAAGAUCAUACCUAAGACAUGCUGUAUUUUCGAUAGAGCAUGUCUUCAAACAG